AUGCUCCUUUCCGCCCCUGCACGCGUCUAUGCUGCUGGAGCUCCCGCCAACGCGAAUGCGCCUGCUAACGCGACUGCUUCCGCUAAGGCGGCUGCAGCUGGCGCGGCUGGGUCUGCAAACGCGACCAAGCCUGGAGAUGCUGCCAACAGCCCCGUAGCUGCGACCGCGAGGCAGAGCAAGAGCGCGGGGCUAGGAAAGAACUCCACAUGCGCCUAUUACGGAAACUACACCGCCAACCCAUACUUUGGUAAGGGGCUGACCGUGAAGCUCCCUCCCGCCAUAUUUGGCGCUCGUUGCGGUGCGUGCUACAAGGUGAUCUGCACCAACGACACGAAGCGCUGCCGCAGCGGCAAGGCGACCGUGACCGUCCGCGUCAUUGGCGCGACGACGACGGAGAAGCAGAUUUCGCUCAGUGCUGUCUCUUGGUCCAAGAUCGUGCAGGGUUCCGAUGCCACCCCCGUCAGUAUCACGUACACGCGCACCAACUGCCAGUCGACCGUUGGAUCGGCGGUUCGCGUGCGCAGCAGCUCGACGGCGGGGAAACUCGACAUUCAGAUGGUGGGUCUGGCGGGCCCCGGUACGCUUAGGGAGGUGGAAAUCAGCGCGGACGGCAAGAAGUGGGCGAAGCUGACCCGUGACGGCAGCAAGGCGAUCUGGGGGAUCGCGGGCAAGGAGGCGAAGGAGGUUUUGGGCGCGAAGAAGGCGAUGAGCGUUCGCCUCACUGCGUUGCACACCCUCGAGAAGAUCACCCUCGAAAAGGUCCUUCCUGCCGACUGGAAGCCCAUGACGCUGUAUUCUUCCAAGACCAACUUUAAAAAGCUCAUGGCCGAGUCUAAGUAA